GCAAAAACCAUAAUGUGAUCAAGAUGGAAGUUGUCCAUGGACUUUUCACUGCUUCCCGGCUUUCUGCCUUCCUCUGGGGGCUUCACUGCCUGUCCAACAGUUUUACUGCGAAGAUACUGACUCGAGUCUAGAAAAAGGCUCGUAGAAGCUUAAAAUCUGGUCCUUCUAUUUAACCUGGCAUCAAAAGCAGCUUUAUGGGAUAGCAUUGGCUGCCCAUCAUGCCAGUUGCCAUACGUAAAAGAAGCUGGGAGGAGCAUGUGACUCACCCGUCAGGAUUACAGUACAGCUAUGAUGAUCUGGAUCUCGUCUGCUGUCAUGGGGUCGAAGGCGAUGGGCUAUGGAUGGCUUCUGGGGGUUCAAAACAAGGUAGGCGGGCAAGGUGUUCCUCUAUGCCAGAGGGAUGCCACCAGCUGCCUAUAGAUGACCCUGCUCAGACUUGUGAAGGGGGAGCUUCUGUGAUGAAUGAUGAUACUGAACCGGAACACUUAAAACUAAUGGAAAACAAUGGAAAGGAUUUACAGGAGUCAGUGGAUCGGUCUUAUGAGUUGGUGGGAGCUGGCAUACUCCCAAAGACUGACUCUGACUCAGAGGAUCUCCAAACCGCAAGCCCUGGGAAUUUUGGAGAGUUUUGUAAUUCAAACAGUGGUAUGUCUAGUGCAAAUAUUUCUUGUGCAACUGAUAACAGUGAUAAGACUAUUGAUAAUAAAAGUGAUUUGGGCACAGAAAGUUGCCAGAAUCACAGCAUGUGCGAUGACAGGGUCUUUAAAAGUGCACAUAUCUCUCACCAACAAUACGUCUCUAUCUCUUCGAACAAUGUGCCUCCAUUGUCUGAAUGUGCUGGUGAGCAACCUGGCAAAGUUCCAAACCAUCAGGAUACAAAGGGGAGCCAUAGAGAGGGUUACAGCAGACCUCCUGAAAUCACUGGGGCCACAGUAAACUGUUGCUCUGCUGGCGAACAGGAACCUCAAACCGACCUCCCAGAUGUUGAGGAAAGCAAGACUGUCAUCUCUGACCAGCCUGGUAUGAAUGCUCUGCUAAGCUCAACAAAUAUGGAGGGUGGUGAAGCACUGGCGCUAAUCAACAAAACUGUGGAAUCAUUAGUAGCAGAUGGAGAAUGUGACAAAGGAAUAUCUGAGAGCCGGAGUGCAUGUUCUGCUGACAAGCAAGAUGGAUUGAGUGACCUAGGAACUCUAAAUGAAAAUACAGGACUGAGCUGUCUCUCAAGAGUCACUAUAGGAGAAGAGCGGGACCAUGAAGACUGUGCUGGACCGUUGGAUAAGGAUCAUGGUUGGGAAAUAUCCAACCAGACAUUGUUGGAGCAGCACAAUGUUGAAAUGUUAGCGGAGAGCAGGCCCCAGAGAGACAAAAGUGCACAAGCAGAAAGCAGCGAGAAAAAAGGACACGUCAGACCUAUUGAAUCAUCUGAUGUUAGUGUCAUAAAUCAGUGCUGCUCUUUAAUGGCAGACAGCAACGUGUCAUCUAAACAAAUGAAUUCUGGACAUGCAGGAGAUGCCAUUGGGACAAACACGACACAGUGUGCAGAUAAGGAUGUGAAAGGUUCUGUAAGUCAGUCACUGGGAAAUACUGACCAAAGUUUAGUGCCUGUUAGUGAGGAUCUCGCCAUUCCUCAUCAGACAGAAUAUAGUUGUUCAAAACUGGACACUAUACCAGAGAUCAGCCCUGUGGAGGCAAAAGACAGCUCUCUACUUCAUGCUCAAAAGAAUAAUGAUGUUAACAGUACCCCAAAUCCAGCUGCUGAGCACUGCUGUUUGGAUGAUAAACACGAGGUUGUUGAACAACACACGCAAAACCUGCCACCAUGCUCUACAGAGGUCAACGAGGGACUCCAUGGUAACCGAGCCUCAGGUCCUCACUUCAGUGAGUCACCUGCCUCUGAGGUGGCAGAUGGUCACAGAGAACACCACCAGCCAGGAGCCACAAUGGAGGCGUCAAGGGAAGACAUACGUUCAGUUAUAUACAACGAUACACAAGACGGCAGUUCGGCUUUAGAUGGAACAUAUGAGCAUGCAGAUCAGAAGGAAGACAACGUGUUCAAAGUGCGGCUGAGAAAGCGUGGGCAUGCUCGCUUGGACUCAAUGGUGCUGCUGCUGAUGAAGUUGGACCAGCUAGAUCAGGAAAUUGAGAAUGCCCUCAGUGCUACUUCCUCCAUGGACAGCACAGCCACCUUCCAUCGACGGCAUCACCCGGAGUUUGAUUUAGGAUCCUCUUCAGCAACGUCACAACCACCCACGCAUCCACAUGCUGCUGUUGUUGCUGCUGCUGCUGCUUUGUCUUCAGGAUCUCCACAAGCCCUUGGAGCAAAGCCUAAGAGUGGGAGCACCCCCGUUGUUCCUGAGAAAGAAAAAGCUGAAGUUGUGAAAGUUGUCUUCAGUGUGUCUGGUCUGCGCCUAAAGUGGUUUAUGUGA